UUGUGUCUGUUUGAACAUCUUCUUCUGUUGCUGACUCCGGGACUCUUUGGGGUAAAUAGGAUGUCUAUGCAGCGAAUAGGUUUAUAGAUGCGCUCCUUAGCGCCAUCUAUCGUCGCGGAGUUUGAAAAGAAACCAACGCGCCUCGGCCCAAAAUCAGAAUUUAUUUUGCCGUGAGAAAUUGGUUGUGUGGCGUGAGAGCGUGUGAAAACAUGCAAAAGCGUGUGUCACACGGCGAAACCGUGAGAGUUGGCAGCUCUGUUAUAAGGAAUGUCAAGCUAUUGGAGAGCUGGUGAGAUGUUAAACUCCAUCACCGAGAAGAGCCAGUCAAUAGGCGUUAGUGCAGCUUCACCUUCACGUUUAGGAAUGAUGCAACCAUUAAGAACUACUUAACAACUUCACGAGAGUACCACUGACCACGGAGACGAGAGGUCGAGUACUAUUCAUAGUUUUAACUAUGUAUCGUGUUUAAGUCCUUUCUGUUAAGUAAAGGUGCGGAUGCCGUCAUUUGCAUAAAGUCUUCAGUUGGUCGUUAGUGGGAAUUGUAUCGUGAAAAAAACAAAUAGUUGAAUUGGUAACUCGCGUGUAGUACGAGAUAACAUGUCGUCGAUCGCGGUGCCAUUGUGACAUCUACGCUGUUUUGUCACGCAGAUCUAGUUUUGACUGGUUUAACCCAGUCCUCUGCGCAUGCGCACUCGGUGUAAACAGGAAGAACCGACCGAAAGCCAGGACAAAUCUCCCAUAAACAGAAGGAAAUUGUCGGUCAAAAACCAGCGACCGUCUUGUUUUUCGCCUUUAUAUUAACCGAUAUAGACGUUGUCCUCCACCACCGGAUGCUAGUUAGAUAACAUCUUGUGGAAGCAUUUUGAUAGUCUUGUUUAUGCUGCAGUCCUGCUAACGUGAACGGUGUUUGCUUGGCGAAUCUUUCUGCUAAACUAACGUUAUAUAUAUAUAUAUAUAUAUAUAUAUACGAAAUCACUCGGUGCUCCGUUGAUUUGUCUGAAGUCGGUGCCUCCUCUGAGGGAAAUAUUACAAUGGUUAAAAAAGAUAAGGCGCUGGAGACUCCUCAAGUGGACGCUGAGCUGAGCCCCAGCCCAGUCUCCGGAGAGGCUUGUGAGGAGGCCUCUGUCACAGUAGAAGAGUCCGACAUUGGAGUCGAGCUGACGGGCAACAAGAAGUUCAUCUGCGGGGUCGUGGAAGGCUUUUAUGGUCGACCAUGGACAUUGGAACAGAGGAUAGAGUUGUUCAGAAGGCAGCAGAAAUGGGGACUGAGCACAUACCUUUAUGCACCCAAAGAUGACUGCAAACACCGAAUGUUCUGGAGAGAGCUGUACUCUGUGGAAGAAGCAGACCAACUCAUGACUUUAAUUGGGGCUGCCAAGGAGUAUGGGACAGAGUUCAUCUACGCCAUUUCCCCUGGACUGGACAUCACCUUCUCUAAUCAGAAAGAGGUUUCUGCACUCAAGAGGAAACUCGAUCAGGUUUCUCACUUUGGCUGCAAGUCAUUUGCCUUACUUUUUGACGAUAUUGAACACAACAUGUGCUCUGCUGACAAAGAGGUGUUCAGUUCAUUUGCACACGCUCAGGUUUCCCUUACCAACGAAAUUUACCAGUACCUGGGAGAGCCUGAAACCUUCCUCUUCUGUCCCACAGAGUACUGUGGGACCUUCUGCUACCCAAAUGUAGCUCAGUCCCCCUACCUCCAUACAGUAGGAGAGAAGCUACUGCUUGGCAUUGAAGUGCUGUGGACCGGCCCCAAGGUGGUGUCCAAAGACAUCUCAGUCGAGUCAAUUGAGGAGGUGUCAAAAAUAAUCCGAAGAGCCCCUGUGAUCUGGGACAACAUUCACGCCAAUGACUAUGACCAGAAGAGGCUGUUCUUGGGUCCAUACAAGGGCCGCUCCACAGAGCUCAUCCCCAGGCUGAAGGGAGUCCUCACGAACCCAAACUGCGAGUUUGAGUCCAACUUUGUAGCGAUCCACACUCUGGCCACCUGGUACAAGUCUAAUAUGAAUGGGGUGCGAAAGGAUGUGGUCAUGACGGACGGGGAGGACAGCACAGUGUCCAUCCAGAUCAAGUUGGAGAAUGAAGGCAGUGAUGAAGAACUGGAGACCGACAUGCUCUACAGCCCACAGCUAGCUCUAAAACUGGCUCUCACAGAAUGGCUUGGGGAUUUUAUUGAGCCUCAUCAAUACAACAGCCGACAGGUGUCUCGGAGUGGUGCCCAGAGCACUGCCAUCGACGUGUCUUCCAUGGCUGCUCCGUCGCUCUGCUCUUCUGCAACAGACACAGCUGUGUACCAGCAGCCCAUCAUGUCUGCAGCCAUGCCGCCGCUCUGCCUGGAUCCACUCUCACACACCUUGGCCAAACGACCUCUGGAGGAAGAGGAGGUGGAGGCAGAGAAGAAGGACUCCGAUGAGGAGCCCAUGGAGAUGGUGGUUGAGAAGCUGGAUGAGCCAGAGCCAGAAGCAGAAGCUGACCCAGAGGAGAAGCAGGUUGGUCCUGUUUUAGCUGAGGACCUGAAGCCCAUGGAUACUGACAAGGAGAGUCAGACGGAGCCAAAGUCCCCCGAGGAGUCUAUCCAGGAGGACCUUGGGAGUGAUAUUGCCCCGAUGCAGACAGAUGAUCAGAUCAAGCAGGACUUGUUCAUGCAUGGGCUCAAUGAGACGUGCCUGUUCACAGCGGAGCCCCUCACACUCGAGGACCUGAGCUUGCUGGCAGAGCUUUUCUACCUGCCUUAUGAACACGGGCCCAAGGCCAUGCAGAUGUUAAAGGAGUUCAACUGGCUCAGAGCCAACAGCAGCGUCGUCAGUGUCAACUGCAAGAGAAAGGAAACUGAAAAGGUAGCAGAAUGGCAAUUAAGGGCAGAGAAGUUUGAGGAGAUGUGCGGCUCCGUCAUCCAGAUGUUCAGACGGCUGUCCAAUUCUGCCAACCGCACCAUCCUGUAUGACCUCUACUCUUACAUCUGGGACAUCAAGAGCAUCAUGUCUAUGAUCAAGUCUUUUGUCCAGUGGCUAGGGUGUCGUAGUCAGUCCUCAGCACAGUUCCUUAGAGAAGACCAAGAACCCUUGGCCUUUAGGGGAGGUCUAGCAGGAGAGUUCCAGAGAUUGUUGCCAAUAGAUGGGGCAAACGAUCUUUUCUUCCAACCGCCACCUUCAAUGCCAACCUCCAAAAUCUAUUCCAUAAGGCCGUACUUUCCCAAAGAUGAGCCUGCGAUUUAUCAAAUAUGUAAAGAGAUGUACAGUGAAGGAAUGGAGGAUAUCCUGGUCUCCGAUGAGGAUCCUGAUCUCAUAGGAGACAGGUUGGUCGGCGGCCUCCUGACGCUGAGUUCAGACUACGGGUUUGUGCUCGAGGACGACGAAGGGAUCUGCGGUUACGCUCUCGGUACUGUGGACGUCCAGCCCUUCGUCAACACGUGCAAGUUGAACUGGAUUCCCUUCAUGCAGGAGAAGUACCUCAAACCCGACUGUGAGAAGGACCUCACGGACGCUGAAAAAAUGAUGUUGAGUUUCCACGAAGAGGAGGAGGGUCUUCCUGACUCCUUCCUCUCCAACUUCCCCUCGCUCAUCAAAGUUGACAUUCAUGCCAAGGUCACUGACCCCAGUGUGGCCAAAAGCAUGAUGGGAUGUCUUCUCUCGUCUCUUAAGGCCAACGGAUCCCUCGGUGCGUUCUGUCAGGUUCGUGAGACUGAUAAGAGAAUGUUGGACUUUUAUAGUAAACUGGGAUGUUUUGAAGUGGCCAAAAUGGAGGGCUUUCCCAAAGACGUCCUCAUUAUGGGACGAAGCCUAUGAAGAAACAUCCGGCUUCAGUAAGAGACAGAGGGACAGCAAGUCAACGUGGCUGAAACAUGUUUGCUACCUUCAUGAGAAAAACUUCCAUGAUGAUUUUAUACUGCAUUACCAUCUGGGCAAGCCCCGGGGAACCUCUUUUUAGGAUUUGUGUACAGAAGCACAGCAGUCGCACACAGAUUCCCUGCGCUGCCAUUUAGAUGUUAUGGCUCUGUUGGAUUCAGCAGAUUCAAAGCUAAAAGGCCGACGAGUGAUUUGUACUCUGUUGAUUUGAGCCAACAUGGAAGAGUGGCACUCCAGCAAUGGUUGUUGGUUUCCCACGACUCGUAUACCUCCAGGAGACAGGAAGUGAAAACUCCAUACGCCUUUUCUGAUUUAAUCCAGUAGUCAUUACAUGGAUAUUGCCCACAUGCCCUAAUGCAAAGUGUCUGUAUCUAAAAGAGACAGAGGUGUGAAAUAGGAUGUCCUGUAUCUCAGGCGAUGUCUUACUACCCCUACAUCUGGCUUUCCCAGCUUUGGCAGAGAGAAAUAACGCAGCUGUGGACAUAAGUAGGACACCUUUAUAGAGGAUGUGAGGUGCUAUAGGAGAGUUUAUCUUUCAUCAUCACAUCAUGGGUUUUCCAGUUGCUCCACAGUAGACUUGGAGAAAGAAGCCUUUUAAGUGGCUUGUUUCUAUCAAACACUGAGCCUGCACACAUGAAGGUGGACCGUUUGAAAAGAGUUGAAACACUCAGUAACAGAUUGUUAAAGAGCAGGAAGGGGGAAGCAUAUUUUUAAAAUUGUUAAAUACUCAACCAGGAAAUCCUCUGAAUUAGUGUUAAAGUAAUGGUCGACAUUUGGAAAGCAAUAGAAACACUUUCACAAGUUUACAAACCAAAGCUUUGCUUGUGGACUUAUUUCCCUUUUUGAGCUAUUGCCUUUUUGGUUCAUUGCCUUUCGGAUUUUAAGUUUAUUUGGCAGACCCUCGUGUCUUUUUUGUUUUUAAAGGCUUUCUUUGAGGUAUCGGUCAGAUAUAACCAGAGUACGGUCAUUUUGGGACGUUGACCUUGCUGCUCAAAUUCCAGAGAUGUGGCCCGACAUGGACAGUCACAUGUUCUGCCCGAUCCCAAACAUCUGGUGAAGCUAAGCUAACUGACAGGGACUUCCCUAUUGGAGAGAAUCCAGACCAUCUAGUUUAAUUAUGUCAAAUUCAUUUAAGUAAGAACUUAAAGUUUACACCCUUUUAUAAUAAUGAACUCAAAUCAACAUGUUCUCAUAGCAGAACCCGUGGGACCAAAUGCUUGAUUUUCUGAUCUGUUAUUAAGAAGAAAAACGUAAUCCUUCGGAAUGCAUUAAUUAUAAUUAGUGAGACUUCUAAAGACUUAAAAGCAUUAACCUUCCCACUGUCACUAAGCUUUUCUUACUAAUUCCAAACCUGACUUGUUAAAGCAGCAAGUGAUCGAGAUAUGUGCUUUGCAAAAAAUAUAUUUAUAUAUUUUUGCUUUCUAUUGGUAAUAUAAAAUGAUUAGUUUACGUCUAUCGGCUUGCAUCCCUCCCUGCAUCGUGUCAACACGGCAUCGUCUCAAAUGAAAGUCUUCCUCGCGGAGCCUCGGCGAGCGCUCUCCGUAUGCGCCCAGCGAAGUGACUCUCAGUUGGGCGGUCUCGUUGUGGGGGCUUGGAGCAGAAAUCCUCGACUUUUUCCGAUCUGUCCAUAUGAUGUUUUAUAUUCUGAUGCAGUUCCCAUUUGUUUUUGUAAAUCUUAUGUAGUUGAUUAAAGAGAAGCACUUUGACUCUGUGUAGGCGUGUCCUGUUCCUUACAUGAGGAUCAUCAGCUGCUUCUCAGUAGCUGUCUGCCAAUCUGAUGUUUUGAUACUGUGUACAUUCAUAGUGUGCAUGAGGUGUAUUGGAUUUGCCGUGACGGUCAUUAGAACAACCUCAUCUUAUGCUACAUUGAGGAAGAAGCAUGCCACUCGCCUCUAUGAGCAUGAUACUGUAGCUCAGACAGUCAAUCAUAAAGUGUUAUUAUUUUGUAUAUCAUUGUUGAAAGUGCUGGUCUAGUUAAAAUGUCUUGUCCAGCUAUCCAAGUUGCUUUGUUGCAGCAAGGCGUGAAACACACCCACCGGUCUGCUGUCCGUCUGCUGACAUAACGGCAGAGUUUUCAUUCUUGUUUUAAAAUGUUCAUGUUGCAGUUGGUCGAUGCUCAAGCUUUCUUAUCUGCCAACAUUGCUUGACAGAAAAUGCUCUGGGAUUGAGGGGAAGGGCUCCAAUUGUACAUUUUGAUGACCUGAGUUUAGGGUUGGGAGGAGGGGAGGGGUCAUAUAAGUGACACUUUACCAAUGUAAAAUUUGUAUGUAAAAUACAUAAGAUUAAAAACUAAUAAACCAUGA